AUGCAUUUUUUUAUAUUUGGCGGCAGUGUCGUCUAUGUUUUCGGUGAGCAGGUAGCUCAUCAAAUCAAUGACAUAACGGUCACUUAUCUGCGUGAGCCGGUGAUUGCUACUUUACGUGAAGUAGACGCUAGAGUCAACGCGGUCUUGUUUGCUGCUGCCGACGGUGAGAUUGCCAGCCGCAUCAGCCAGAUGCCUAUCAUUUUGGUGCCACUUCACUUUGACCGCGAUGCCCAGCUCGUCGCUGCACCCUCGGUGUUGCGCUCCGUCGUCCUGAGGCCAUUCAUAACUUCCGAUUUUAUGACUGGUACUCCUGCUAUCCCGGGUGUCCAUAUUCCUGAGGAAGUGAGAAUCGCCUUAUUUAUGAUAUAUCUCUUUUAG